GGAUCAUUACGAAAAUGGCUUGGUUUCCCUUGCUGAUUGUGGCAAUUGGCCUGGUUUAUGUAUAUCUCAAGUGGACAUUUAGCUUUUGGGAACGUAAGGGAUUCCCAUACGCUGCAGUUAACAUUCCCUUCGGUGUCCUCGACUCUGUGCGACGAGGAAAACGUUCUUUUGGCAUGGCCAUCUAUGAUUUGUAUGUAGCCAGCAAGGAACCAGUGGUCGGAAUGUAUUUAUCCUUGCGUCCAGCCUUAUUAGUGCGGGAUCCUCAACUGGUGCACGACAUGUUGCUUAAGGAUUUCGCAAGCUUUCAUGACCGUGGCAUUUAUGUGGAUGAAAAGAAUGAUCCCAUGUCGGCGGGUCUAUUUCAAAUGGAAGGGAGCAGUUGGAAAACAAUGCGCACCAAAUUAACGCCCUCAUUCACUUCGGGCAAAUUGAAGGCCAUGUUUGGCACAGCUGAAGCCAUCGGUGACAAGAUGAUAGCACAUUUAAAUGAACGUUUGGCCAAAGAAAGUGGUGGAGCUCCUUUGGAGAUUGAAAUGAAAUCUCUAAUGGCUACCUAUGCCAUCGACAUUAUAGCCUCAACAAUUUUUGGCCUAGAUGUGGAUAGCUUUGCAGAUCCCAAAAAUGAGUUUGCCACAAUCAGUAAAAUGGUCAAUAGACCCAUAGCUAAGGAUAUAUUGCGAGGAACCACAGGAUUUCUAUAUCCCGGAUUGGAGAAGCUUUUCAAUCGUCUUGGUUGGAAACAGGAGGGUCAAGAGCGUAUGCGUGAACUAGUCCAUCGGACUGUGGAUUACAGGGAGAAAAAUAAUGUUGUACGUCGAGAUUUUUUGCAACUUUUAUUGCAACUCCGCAAUACGGGAAAGAUCAGCACUGAUGAUGGCAUUUGGUCAGCCGAAACUGCUGCCAAUAAUUUGAAAUCCAUGUCCACUGAUCUAAUUGCUGGACAAUUAUUCCUCUUUUUUGUUGCCGGCUACGAAACUUCCGCCUCAACGGCGGCAUUUACACUAUAUGAACUAACCCAGAAUCCCGCGCUGUUGGCCAAGGCCCAAGAGGAUGUAAGAAGUGCCUUGGAGAGGCAUGAGGGAAAAUUAAGCUAUGAUGCAAUACAGGAUAUGAAGUAUUUGGAAUUAUGCAUAAUGGAGACUGCCCGCAAGUAUCCUGCCCUGCCGCUACUCAAUCGCAUAUGCACUCAAGAUUAUCCCAUACCCAAUAGUAAAUUGGUCAUCGAAAAGGGAACACCCAUUGUGAUCUCUUUAAUUGGAAUGCAUCGUGAUGAGGAAAACUUCCCAGAGCCUUUGACUUAUCAGCCCGAACGGUAUACGGAGGAGCAUAAGAAUUAUAAUCCCAAUGCUUAUAUGCCCUUUGGCGAGGGUCCUAGACAUUGUAUAGCCGCCAGAUUGGGUAAACUCAAUGUUAAGAUUGCUCUGGCCAAGAUUCUAUCAACUUUCAAUAUUGAAACGCGUACAGAACUGCGGGAAAUUGAGUUUAGUGUGCAUGGCAUACCCCUAAUGCCAGAGGGAGGGGUACCCGUGCGUAUAUUAAAGAAGAUUUAAAAUAAAAAUUGAUCAAAUUGGAG